AUGCUGCGGGACCCGCCGAAUCCGCCACACACAGCCGCCCUCGGCGGGCCUUCCGACGCUUUCGCCUCGGCCUUCGAGCUUGACUACCGCACAGUGGUCACGGCCGGGACUGCCUCUCUGGUGUCGACCGCCGCCUCCUUUCCCUUCGACAGCGUCAAGAGCCGUCUUCAGGUGCGAGACUACCCAAGCAUCUGGGCGUGCGCCAAGUCGGUGGUGCGGGAAGAGGGCGUGCGCGGCUUCUUCCGCGGCGUCACGAUACCGCUCAUCACCAUCUCGUUCGUCAGGACGUCUUCUUUCAGCAUCUACUUCAACACCAAAAACUACCUGCAUCACAGGGGAUACCUCAACAACCGCAACAGCCUUGUCGACACGGCGUUGGGCGGCAUGGCGGGCGGUGCGACCAGCGGCGUCAUCAUCAGCUGCGGCUCGGCGCCAUUUGAGCUGGUCAAGGUGCAACGGCAGCUCGAAUACCUCAUCGCCGUCCAAAAGGGGCUGGUGGCCAGCGCCGGACCCAACGGCGGUCGCACCUUUGUCCCGCAGUCUGGCUUCGCAGCCGCCUCCAACAUCUUCAAGAACCACGGCGGGCCAAAGGGCUUCUACAUGGGGUUCCCGCUACAUAUGAUGAGGGAUACGCUCGGAACAGCGCUCUACUUUGGCUUCUACGACACGAUACGGAAGCUCGUGUCUCGCCACUCGACGGGCGACUCGCGCACAGGGCCGCAGCUGUUUGGGCUACCGGGCCCCGUCGUCUCGUUCCUCUCGGGUUCCGCAGCGGGCAUCGCGUCGUGGCUGAUUGUGUACCCCGUCGACCUGAUCAAGACCAAGGUGCAGCGCGAUGCUCUGGCGGGCAACAAACGCCAGUUUACCGGGUGGCAGGUCUUUCUCCACAUGAUCCGCGAGAAGUCGGCGGCGGAACGGGCAAGCACUCCCGGUGGCGGCAGAGACACGCUGCUGCUUCGGUACCUCCGCCUCUACCGCGGCCUCGGCGUCAGCGUGCUGAGGAGCUUCAUCUCGCACGGCCUGACAUGGAUGCUCAUCGAGACCAUCUCGCAGCGCAUCUCGGAACGGACAGGCCGGCCCAUCAACUAUACGCCCGAUGCCAAGUCGGAGGAGGCGUGA